GCGCCGCUCCCUCGCAGCUGCCGCCCCCGGCCCGGCCGCCGCAGCCCGCGUGGACGCUCCGCUCUGGGCGCCCCCCGACGACGGCACCAGCCCACUGGCGGGCGGGCGAGCGGGUGGCUGCACCCGGCCGGCAGCGCUGGGGUUAAGUGGCCCAAGUAAACGUAGCUCGGCGAUCGGCGCCGGAGAUUCGCUAGCCGAGCACCCUGCGCGGCCGCCCGCCGGCCUCCCGCCCGCCGGUCCCGACCCGCGGCGCGACCACCGAGCCGCGCCCGAGCCAGCCCCGCGGCAGGAAACAAUGAAGGGGGACACCAGACACCUCAGUGAAGAGGAGGGCGCCAGCGGGAGGGAGGACUCCAUCAUCAUCAUCAACGGGGCCUGCAGUGACCAGUCCUCUGACUCCAAGGACGCCCCCUCUCCCCCGAUCCUAGAGGCCAUCCGCACCCCCGAGAUCAGAGGACGCAGAUCCAGCUCCCGCCUGUCCAAGAGGGAAGUCUCCAGCCUGCUCAGUUACACUCAGGAUCUGACAAGAGAAGGAGACGGUGAGGAAGAUGGGGACGGCUCUGACACUCCCGUGAUGCCACGACUGUUCCGGGAAACCAGGACGCGGUCCGAAAGCCCAGCGGUCCGAAACCGAAAUAGCAGUGCCUCCAGCCGAGAGAGGUACAGGCCCUCCCCACGUUCCACCCGAGGCCGCCAGGGCCGCAGUCACGUGGACGAGUCUCCCGUGGAGUUCCCGGCUACCAGGUCCUUAAGGCGGCGGGCAACAGCACCGGCAGGUACGCCGUGGCCAUCUCCGUCCAGUCCUUACCUCACCAUCGACCUCACCGACGACGAUGUGACCCCACAGAGCAGCAGUACCCCCUAUGCUGGCCUGGCUGAGGACAGCCAGCAGGAGAACACAGGGUCCCCCCAGGUGGACGCAGAGGGGAGAGAUGCAGACAACACGGAGUAUCAGGAUGGGAAGGAGUUUGGAAUAGGGGACCUGGUGUGGGGAAAGAUCAAGGGCUUCUCUUGGUGGCCUGCUAUGGUGGUUUCCUGGAAAGCUACCUCCAAGCGCCAAGCCAUGUGCGGCAUGCGAUGGGUCCAGUGGUUUGGAGAUGGCAAGUUCUCUGAGGUCUCUGCAGACAAACUGGUGGCCUUGGGGCUGUUCAGUCAGCAUUUUAACCUGGCCACCUUCAAUAAACUGGUGUCAUACAGGAAGGCCAUGUACCACGCCCUGGAGAAAGCCAGGGUGCGAGCUGGCAAGACCUUCCCCAGCAGCCCUGGAGACUCAUUGGAAGACCAGCUGAAGCCCAUGCUGGAGUGGGCCCACGGGGGCUUCAAGCCCACUGGGAUCGAGGGCCUCAAACCCAACAGCAAGCAACCAGUGGUUAAUAAAGCGAAGGUGCGUCGUGCAGGCAGUAGGAACUUAGAAUCAAGGAAAUACGAGAACAAGAGUCGAAGACGCACAGCUGAUGACUCUGCCACCUCCGACUACUGUCCCCCAACCAAGCGCCUGAAGACCAACUGUUACAACAAUGGCAAAGACCGCGGAGAGGAAGAUCAGAGCCGAGAACAAAUGGCUUCUGAUGUCACCAAUAACAAGGCCAAUCUCGAAGAUAGCUGUUUGUCCUGUGGUAGGAAAAAUCCUGUGUCCUUCCACCCUCUCUUUGAGGGUGGUCUCUGCCAGACCUGCCGGGAUCGCUUCCUCGAGCUGUUCUACAUGUACGACGAUGAUGGUUAUCAGUCCUAUUGCACCGUGUGCUGCGAGGGCCGUGAGCUGCUUCUCUGCAGCAACACCAGCUGUUGCCGGUGCUUCUGUGUGGAGUGCCUGGAAGUGCUGGUGGGCACAGGCACAGCCGCGGACGCCAAGCUUCAGGAGCCCUGGAGCUGCUACAUGUGUCUCCCCCAGCGCUGCCACGGGGUCCUGCGGCGCCGGAAGGACUGGAAUGUGCGCCUGCAGGCCUUCUUCACCAGUGACGUGGGGCUUGAAUACGAGGCCCCCAAGGUGUACCCUGCGAUUCCCGCAGCCAAACGGCGUCCCAUUAGAGUCCUGUCACUGUUCGAUGGAAUUGCCACAGGUUACUUGGUUCUCAAAGAGUUGGGCAUUAAAGUGGAGAAGUAUGUCGCAUCUGAAGUGUGUGAAGAAUCCAUUGCCGUCGGAACCGUUAAACAUGAGGGAAAUAUCAAAUAUGUGAAUGACGUCAGGAAUAUCACCAAGAAAAACAUUGAAGAGUGGGGUCCAUUUGAUUUGGUGAUUGGCGGAAGCCCAUGCAAUGACCUAUCAAAUGUGAAUCCGGCCCGGAAAGGCCUGUAUGAGGGCACUGGCAGACUCUUCUUCGAAUUCUACCACCUGCUCAAUUACUCGCGCCCCAAAGAGGGGGAUGACCGGCCGUUCUUUUGGAUGUUUGAGAAUGUUGUAGCCAUGAAGGUCGGCGACAAGAGGGACAUCUCGCGGUUCCUGGAGUGCAACCCGGUGAUGAUUGACGCCAUCAAAGUGUCUGCUGCUCACAGGGCCCGAUACUUCUGGGGAAACCUACCAGGGAUGAACAGGCCUGUGAUAGCAUCAAAGAAUGAUAAGCUCGAGCUGCAGGACUGCUUGGAAUUCAGUAGGACAGCAAAGUUAAAGAAAGUGCAGACAAUAACCACCAAGUCCAACUCGAUCAAACAGGGGAAAAACCAACUUUUCCCCGUUGUCAUGAAUGGCAAAGAAGAUGUUCUGUGGUGCACCGAGCUCGAGAGGAUCUUCGGGUUUCCUGUACACUACACGGAUGUGUCCAACAUGGGCCGUGGUGCCCGCCAGAAGCUGCUCGGGAGGUCCUGGAGUGUGCCGGUCAUCAGACACCUCUUCGCCCCCUUGAAGGACUACUUUGCAUGUGAAUAGUUCUACCCUGGCCUGCUGGGGCACUGGGGUGCCUGGGACAGAGCCAGGACCCAGAAAGCACCCUGAUCCCUAACAGGCACCCCAACUCUGCCCUCUCAGCCGAGCUGUGGGGUCUCCCCGCAUACCUUAGUCCUCCUGCUCACUGGGAGCAGAGCCACCUGACCCUCUCUUGCAGGGGGUGGCCAAGGUGUCACCUUCUUGUGCACAAUUCCGACCCGGCUGCUCAGAGCAGCCAAACACGGUGCUCAUUUUUCCUUCUAAAACUUUAAAACUUGAAGUAGAUAGUAAAAUGGCUUUUUCCUCCCUCCUGGGUUUACCACUCAGAGAACAAUGGCUAAGAUACCAAAACCACAUACUCACAGCCCUCCGAUACUCAGGUUGAAACGCCAAAUCACCCAAGACUAUUAUCGCAAGACUUUUAAAAAAUGUCUACAGCUCUGUUUACAGGAGUGUGCAGUUGUAGACAUGUAGCUGAGGGACAUUUUAAAGGCCCAGCAUGAAUGUUUUUUUUCCUAGGGCUACCAGAAGAGGAAGUGACACAUAGUUGAAUCUUUGCCUCAGUACAAGGCCAUUAGAGUAUUUCCCACCAUGAUGGUGAUUCAGCAGGGAUGACAUCACCAUCCUCUCAUUCAGGGCUAUCCCCCCCCCCCCAACCCAAGGGCAGGGGCCACCUUAGCUAAAUCUCUCCUGGAAACUGCAAUAGCUCUGGGGAGCUCAGGAAGGGGUGGGCCAGAGUUAUAUAUAAGCUGCUGGAAUUACAUAGGAGAAGUUGGGCUUCUCAGUUAUCUCCUCCCCUGUGUGAGGGGCGUGAUGGAGGGAACCUAGCGAGGUACACCCCCUCAUCCCCUCUCCAGUAGGCACAGGUCCCCAGAUUCCUCAUCCUUUCUGGACUCAAGCCGGUGACAGCCAGGGACAGAAGCACAUUCCUAACUUUUUCCCCUCAUCUAAGAGAUGGCCGGGGGAAAAACUGCAAUAAAAGCUCCAUGCUCCCGCCAGAGAUUUUAAAAUCCUUUUUUAUUCCAUGAUAACGUCAUUUUUUAGGGGAACAGGAGGUCGGGCAAGCUGCAUUUCUGAAAUGCUGCUGCGAUGGUUUUUAACAUCUUUUACUCCUCUUAACUGGUGCUAUUCAGUAGAAUCAGGAACCUUGACACAUUUUGUGGGGCUUUUUAUACACUUUUUAAAAAAACCUUCAAGACUUCUAUUUUUAUGUUUAACAUUUGCAUUAAAAUUUUUUUUUUUUUUUGGUAACUGGAGCCACAUAACAAGUAUGGGGAAAAAACCGUGCCUUGUUUUCAACUGUUUUUGCUAAUUUUUAGGCUGAAAGAUGAUGAUGCCUAGAGGUGACCUUAUUCUGUUUA